AAAAAAAUUCCCUACGUCCCAUUGAGUCGCCCUCUCCCGGUCACGCUCGGCGCUCUCCACGGCUCCAACCCCCCUAUUCUCGUUCUCCACAGCCGUCUCUGCCAUCUCCAACGUAGAUCGAUCAGAAUCGGCAGGAUCAACUCGUCGCCACGCAUUUUCCCCGAUCUAUGCAACCGUCUUCUUGAUCUCCACCAUUCAAUUCGACCAUAUGCAUUCUCAGUGAGCUCUGAGCUCGCAGAGUUUGGGGGCAGUUGUGACUUGGUUGGGCGCCACUGAUUUCCCACGCGAUUGAGGAUUUAUCCUGCAGCCUCAACGCGAUCGCAUCUCAAGUUCCUCUCACAUCCAAUAGAUCCCGGGCAAGCUCCAGCAGACCAUAAGUCCAUUCGUGGCGUACCCAUUCACCACAAGGCCCUAGGCUGUCUAGCAGCAUUCAAAUUGGCGCUCAGACGCAAGCCAAAGACCAAGUCGUUACAAGGAACGAGGUCCGGAGAUGGAAGGUUUGGAGGAACAAAAAGAUACUAGUGUGAACAAUGAGGGCCAACAAGGUGAAGCCCCACCUCCUUAUAAACUUAUUGAAAGGAAUGAAUUCUUGCACAGGAAACAUAAGAAACAGAAAGAGGAAGAUAUUGCUAUUUGUGAAUGUCAAUACGAUUCCAAUAAUCCAGACAGUGCAUGUGGUGACAGAUGCUUGAAUGUGUUGACUAGCACUGAAUGCACACCUGGUUAUUGUCCUUGUGGCAGUCACUGUAAAAAUCAGAGAUUUCAAAAGUGUGAAUAUGCUGCAUCAAGGUUAUUCAAAACUGAAGGUCGAGGAUGGGGUCUAUUAUCUGGUGAGAAUAUCAAGGUUGGACAGUUUGUUAUUGAGUACUGUGGGGAAGUAAUAUCAUGGAAGGAAGCCAAGCAACGAUCUCAAGCUUAUGAAUCUGCAGGAUUGAAAGAUGCAUAUAUUAUUUAUCUCAACGCAGAUGAGUCAAUUGAUGCCACUCACAAAGGAAGCUUAGCAAGGUUCAUCAACCAUUCUUGUCAACCAAAUUGUGAAACAAGAAAAUGGAACGUGUUGGGAGAAGUGAGAGUUGGGAUUUUUGCUAUGCAAGAUAUUCCUGCUGGAACAGAGUUGGCUUAUGACUAUAAUUUUGAAUGGUAUGGUGGUGCCAUAGUCCGCUGCCUUUGUGGUGCAUCCUGCUGUUCUGAAUUUCUUGGAGCUAAAUCCCGUGGUUUUCAGGAGGCCACCUAUCUCUGGGAUGAUAACGAUGACAGAUACUCAGUCGAGAAUGUUCCUUUGUAUGAUUCUGAUGAUGAUGAGCCAACAUCGAAGUCUCUUAACGCAAUUAUCCCAUAUAUUCCGAUUGUUGAAAGGGAUAAUGAAGAAUUACUGAGAAAUACAGAUGAUUUUGAUUCUCCAAUAUUUUCUCAAUCAAUGCCGAUUGUGGUGGAACCAAUCAAUUUUGCCCCUAUGGAAAUUGAUGAAGCAAAAUAUGAUACAACAGAGGAAGAUACCAUAUACUUGGAGAGCACUCAGCAAAAUUCUGCUAAAAAAAGUGCAAUGAUUUCACGCAUUCGGAGUAACCAUGCUUGCCGCAAUUAUCACACAGAGUCAAGUCCAUUGUCAAAAAGCUCAUCACGAAAUGCUGGUGGUAAAUCUAAAAUUGGAAUGCGAAAACAAAUUGAUGUGAAACUAAUUUGUGAGCGGUUAGCAGUGUCUGAAGCACGUGAAGAAAUUCUUGCUUGUGAGGAAACAAAGAAGCAGGCUACAGCUCGACUGGAUUCUCUUUAUGAUAAGAUAAGACCAGCUAUUGAGGAGCAUGAGAGGGACAACCAAGAUAGUGUUUCUACCAGUGUUGCUGAGAAAUGGAUUGAAGCCAGCUGUUGCAAACUAAAAGCGGAAUUUGACUUUCACUAUGCUAUUUGCAAAAACAUUGCGAUCACACCUCGAGUGUGUGAUGCCCCUCAAGUAGAUAAUACAGUAGAUGAGGUUAUCUUACUGGAGAAUGGCCACUAAAACUAUUUACAUAGUGGCUCAGAUUACAUUGUUAGCAUGGCAAAAGAUUAUUACUGAUCCUUAACUCUGCAUUUUGCUGUAGCUUCAUAUCCUCACUUUCUUCAACUACCUUUCUGUUAUACCUUGUUUGUGCCGUAUUCAAUCAAUCUGAAAAGCUUGAGAAAUAUGAAGGAAUUGAUACUUUUGAGGUCCCAAUGGAAAUUGUUGGAUGGUUAUGAUUGGCAGACCUUCAAGAAAAGGUCUUUUGUUGGUAUGAUCUUAUCUUUUCAUUCAAACAAAUUGGUCAGUUGUUUGGUCCCUGAAAAGCUUGAGAAAUAUGAAGGAAUUGAUACUUUUGAGGUCCCAAUGGAAAUUGUUGGAUGGUUAUGAUUGGCAGACCUUCAAGAAAAGGCCUUUUGUUGGUAUGAUCUUGUCUUUUCAUUCAAACAAAUUGGUCAGUUGUUUGGUCCCUGGUAGUAUUCGCUAAAUGCAGUUUAGAACAUGAUAAAAACCAAGUUGAUGAUGACGUAGGACUUUGCCAAAAGUUGCAACAUUUAUGUUUGUGAUGCUCAUGCCUCCUAUCAAUGUUCCCAUCUUGUGCAGAAAGACAUGAGUCUAUUUUUUAGUAUGUACAUUGUAAAUGUGGCUGAUGAUUCACUUUGGUGCUGGACCGAUUUCUAUAAUAUUCUAUUUAUCUUAUUUGCAUCCUUUUGAUGACCCAGUAAUUACUGGGAAUGCUGUGAUUCCGUAGGUUAGAGUGAGCUCGUUAGAGAGAUAUUUCUCUACAGAGUCAUCGAAGCAAGCAAAGCAGUUUCCAGUCUUUAGUUAGUCAACAUGGUUAGGUUUAUUACUCAGCAAACGAGGACUUUUUAUUGUUAGACAAUUUGUGCUUACUGUACUCGUUUGGAUAUUGUAAGCGAAUUGUUUCUCAAGGUUUUUCAUAUUCUUA